UUAGUGUUUAACUAAACAUCUACCUCUAAGGGAUGGGCUGAACUGAUGGAAGAAAUAUUGAUAGCCAGAGACUCAGGAAGACAGUUUCUGCAGGGUGCCUCCCUGGCUUCUGGAGGGGAGAGAAGGAGGGCAGUGGACCGUUGGCACAGGAGUGAGACACAAUGGAAUCUGGCUUCACCUCCAAGGACACUUAUCUGAGCCAUUUUAACCCUCAGGCUUAUCUAGAAAAAUAUUAUAACUUUGGGUCCAGACACUCUGCAGAAAAACAGAUUCUUAGGCAUCUUCUGAAAAAUCUUUUCAAGAUAUUUUGCCUAGAUGGUGUGAAGGGAGACCUCCUGAUCGACAUUGGCUCUGGUCCCACCAUCUAUCAGCUCCUCUCUGCUUGUGAAUCCUUCAAGGAGAUCAUCGCCACUGACUAUACUGAUCGGAACCUGCAGGAGCUGGAGAAGUGGCUGAAGAAGGAGCCCGGGGCCUUCGACUGGUCCCCAGUGGUGACCUAUGUGUGUGAGCUUGAAGGGAACAGAGUCAAAGGGCCAGAGAAGGAGGAGAAGUUGAGGCGGGCGGUCAAGCAGGUCCUGAAGUGUGACGUGACUCAGAGCUGGCCACUGGGGGCUGUCCCACUGCCCCCGGCCGACUGCCUGCUCAGCACGCUGUGCCUGGACGCCGCCUGCCCGGACCUCCCUGCCUACCGCACGGCCCUCAGGAACCUCGGCAGCCUGCUGAAGCCGGGGGGCUUCCUGGUGCUCGUGGAUGCUCUGAAAAGCAGCUACUACAUGAUCGGCGAGCAGAGGUUCUCCAGCCUCUGCCUGGGCCGGGAGGCAGUGGAGGCUGCCGUGAGGGAGGCCGGCUACACCAUUGAACAGUUUGAAGUGAUCUCCCAAAGUUAUUCUUCCAACAUGGCCAACAACGAAGGGCUUUUCUCCCUGGUGGGGAGGAAGCUGAGCACAUCUGUAUGAUACCUUGGGGUCGCCAAUUAAAGCAAUUCCUCUGG